GAGCCGAGCCGCAUUGUCUGAACGCGGACAAAGAAGGAGCCACACGGCGCGAGCAUCGGGGCAGGUGAGCGGCCAGGUGUCAUGGCAACCGACGUUAUCGGCCACGAGACGAAGCCGCCUCGGCCACAGCGCGGUGUCCGCGCGACUCCGUCCGCCUGAACUUCUCCAUGUCCGCGGUCCAUCCGCCACAGUUCGCUGCGUCCUUGGCCGCUCGCACGCAGCUGGCAGCGGGGCUAACAAAGCCUUUGUUUCGAAAGCUAAUUUCCGCGUUUCGUUAUUUUUCGCAGGCGUUGCGUUAAAUAUUCACUUUUUUGGGGGAAUAUUUUGUGGCUGUCGUGAGUUAGCGUUAGCGUUUUAGCCCUCGACGCGAGCCGUCUUCUCCUCCAGCUUUAAUCUACGUGUGCUUGUUUACGGGCUGGAUGAGAUGUCAUUCACCAUGGAGGAUAACUUGGAGUCCGGAUGGGUCUCCGUCCGGCCCAAAGUCUUCGACGAAAAAGAGAGACAUAAAUUCGUUUUUAUCGUGGCCUGGAAUGACAUCGAGGGAAAGUUCGCCAUAACCUGCCACAACAGGACGGUGCAGAGACGGAGCACUCUCCUGGACGUCGACGCCGCCGCCCCCGGUGCGUCGGUGGGUGAAAAACACCCAAAAAGUCCCGUCACGGCCAAGAAAGACGAAGUGUCCCAGGCGGGUAGAGCCAGACCGCACUCUGUCCCGAAAGGUAAAUCCUCCACAAACGCUCCUGCUGGGGAUAAGCAGGUGUUAAAACCGGCGUGCUCACAGACGUUCGUUAGCCACACAAUGGGGUCCUGGGAUGUCGUGACCCCCAAAGUGGUAGAUAUGGAGAUCCUGGACCCGGUGGACCUCCUCCCGUCCCCGGAGGACGCUGACCCCGCGGAUGGUGACCCCAGCGGCCGAGAGGACUUCAGCUGGGCCGGGCUGUUUUCUUUCCAGGACCUGCGGGCCGCCCACCUCCAGUUGAGCGCCGUCAACUCGGACCUGGAGCCGUGCCUGCCGUCGUUCCCGGAGGAGCAGUCCGGCGUGUGGUCGGUGCUGUUCGGCGCCACCGCCGGGAUGUCCCAGCGGGAGACGGACGCCCUGUGCUACCAGCUGCAGGUGUACCUGGGCCAUGCCCUGGACACCUGCGGCUGGAAGAUCCUCUCCCAGGUGCUGUUCACCGAGAGCGACGGCUCGGAGGAGUACUACGAGAGCCUGAGCGAGCUGCGGCAGAAAGGCUACGAGGACGCGCUGGACCGGGCCAAGAGGCACAUGCAAGAGGUGUUGGACAGGCACCGGGUCUCGGACAGCAUGGUGGAUCUGCUGCAGCUGUACCCCGAGGAGGACGAGGCGUACGGGGAGCUGCUGGAGGCGACCACCCAGCUCUACCACUACCUGCUGCAGCCCUUCAGGGACAUGAGGGAGCUGGCGAUGCUGCGGCGACAGCAGAUUAAGAUCUCCCUGGAGACGGAGCGCCUGGGACCUCGUCGCAUCGACAGCCUGAGGAAAGAGGACGAGGAGUGGCAGAAGAAGGCCCACGCCGCCGUGCUGUCCAUCCAGGACCUGACCGUCAAGUUCUUUGAGACCACGACUCGAGCGCAGAAAGCCCUGUAUGAGCGAAUGCGUGCUGACCAGAAGAAGUUUGGGAAGUCGGCGUGGACGGCGGCGGUGGAGCGCAUGGAGCGGCUGCAGUACGCCGUCUCCAAAGAAACGCUGCAGUUGAUGAGGGCCAAAGAGAUCUGCCUGGAGCAGAGGAAGCACGGCCUGAAGGAGGAGAUGCAGAGCCUGCAGGGUGGAGAGGAUGCCAUGCUGCGUCUGGACCAGCUGGAGGCGCUGUACUACGAGCUCCAGCUGCAGCUGUAUGACAUCCAGGCCGAGGUGCUGCGCUGCGAGGAGCUGCUGCUGACGGCGCAGCUGCAGAGUCUGCGCAGACAGAUGACAGAGCGACAGGACGAGGUGGUGUACUACGAUGCCUUUGAGAGCCCCGACGCCAUGAAGGGCGUAGAAGACCCAGUGACGCCGCCGUCGCCGCUGCGGGACGAAGAACUGGGCGUCCUGCAGCAGAGGACCCGGCAGCUGGAGGCCCGGCGGGGGCGAAUCACCUCCAAGAAAGUCUACCUCAAAAACAAGAAGGAAAUCUGCAUCGCCAAUCACAACCAGAAGAUACAGCAGCGCCAGGGUAGCUAUGGAGACGGCAGCUCUCUGCCGCCGUUUCAACAGGGAGAAGCCGAAGAAGACGAAGCGAAGCAAAAUGCCAGAGUGAGUCAGGAGAGGCAGAGGACUCUGGACCGGCUCCGCAGCCUCAAACAGCGUUAUCCCGGUCAGGUGACCGUGAAGUCCAGCCGCCUGCGUCUGAGUCAGCCCCACAGCCGGAGGCGAGCCGGACCGCAGCCGAGCACGCAGGCCGCCAGCGUCCAGACCGACUGCAUCUCCGACCUCCCAGAGCUCUCGGCUCCUCCCCCGCCGGACCCCUGCGGCUGCGACAGCGUGUCGUUACCCACCGUCGACCUGCAGAGCCUCGACUCCGCCCCCGCCUUCCUCUCGCUGCCUCCCCUCUCGGCCUCCCCGCCCGUCCUCUCGCUGGGGUCUCCUCCCCCGCCUCCCCCUCCGCCGCCCCCGCCUCCGCCGCCGCCGCCGCCGCCUCCCUCCCUGGAGUACCAGCCGCCGGCGGAGGGAGGGGCGAAGACGCCUCCAAGCAGCGGCGGCAGCAGCCCGGCCCGGCAGCGCGAGUGCGAGUCCGACUCGCUGCCGCUGGCUCCGUUUUCCCCGCGCUUCUUCGACAGCAGCCAGCUGCUGACGGCGAGGAAGAAGCUGAAGAAGACUUCCUCUCUGGACUCAUCGCAGUGGAGGAGAGCGAGCUCGCCGAUGGACGAGGUGCUGGCCUCCCUCAAGCGCGGCUGUUUCCACCUGAGGAAGGCCGAGCUGCGGGUCCUGGGGCCCGACCCGGACGACGACAGCAACAACAUCCUGGCUCAGAUCCGGCAGGGCGUGCGGCUGAGGAAGGUACGGACCCGGCCGGAGCAGCAGCAGCGCCACCCCAAGAGCUUCACCCACUCGGCCGACGCUUUGACGCGCAGCAUCCACGAGGCCCUGAGGAGAAUCAAGGAGGCGUCGCCGGAGUCGGAGUCGGAGGACGAAGGCCUGCCCUGCACCGACUGGGAAAACUAAUGACCGGAACAGACUCUCUUGCUUUUUAUUACAGAUCUGUGGAGCCAAAAUGAAGCUCCAGUUGUGAAGACAAACCAGAGCUGCAUCACCUGGAGACACCUCGAUGCAAAUUAAGCAGAAAACUUUCUUUUCUUUUACAUCAGAAGACGUUUUCUCUGACAAAACUUUUCUUUUUUUUACGUCAGUGCAGUGGCACUCUUGGCGAGGAUACAACCUCUAACCUCUCGUGAUGUCAAAGUCGUACAGUGGCGGCUGUGAUGAGUUUUUUUGUAGUAGGACGCUUCACCUCCAGCCCCUCACUGAACAUGUUUACUGUACAUGUUUACUGUAUGAGACUUGUACUGUAUGAGUCGAGGCGUUUUGGUGUAAGGAGGCAGGUUUGCCGCCUGUCGGUUCGUCUUUCAGUGUACAGGACUCGCAACGUGUUCAUUUUUACACACCCAAACUCGUCAAACGAUGGAAAAUUGGGUCAAUUUUUUUUUUUUUAUCACGGUAGUUUGAAGAAAGAAAAUCCUAAUUAUUUUUCUGUUCGAGGUUUUUUUCCACAAUGGACGAGUUUAACAUGGUCAAGUAACAGGAAGGAGCUUAAUGUAGGAAGACUGACACAGCUUCUCGUUUUAUAACAAAUAAUUUCAUGCAAUGGCAAAAUAUAGCCACAAAAAAAACAAAAUAUAAACGUUAACCUCAUCUCGGAGGUCUACGAACUGUUACUGGUCUGGAGCUUGGUGGCGUUGUGCUGCAGGCUCUGCGGCUCACUGACGACGUUCAAGCACCAACUUUAAGGCACUGAUGAGGCUGAAGGGACACAGACCACAGCAAGUGUGAUUGGUAGCUCCUGUUUGCUACGUCGCUGCUUUUCCCCCCCUCUCUGUCUCAUUUCACUCAUUCAGCUUCACUUCACUCAGUUUCUGUUGGAGAAAUGUUAGCAAAGGUAGUUGAAAUGGUGACACACCUGCAGAGAUUUAGACACUACAGCAGAAAUAUAUUGAACAGAAAUUCCCAUUUUAACUUUGAAUGAAUUUAACAGAGAAAUUUUUAAAAAUAUUCAGUAUCUAUAAAGCUAUACUAUAAAGUAUAAAAAAAACCGAAACAAGCCUGCCUGAUGCAGUGAUUUGCAUCAAAACUAUGACUCCUGCUUCAAGUCAGGACUCUGAAUGUACCGGACUGACACUUUAAUCACAUCAAAAACCUAUUUUUGCUUUUAGGUUAUGUGGGAAUACUUGGCCAUAAAUUGCAGGGUGAUGUAAUCAUAGCCACCGUCACGUUUUCUAAAUGAAAUGUUUACCCGGUGCGCACAAAGGAUCAGACUUCAGAAAGCUCAGCCCGGCUGGGGGCGGAGCUAAAUACGAAACUUUUGCAUCUGGCUUGAUGUGAAACGGCCAACAGGACCUGAGCUUUCCGUUAUAUACUGUAUAUUUCCAUUACUCCGUAUCUCCAACACUGGACAACUUAGCACACAAACGUCCUCUUUCUCCUCCCAGGAAGCCGUUAACGCCUGGUCAGUAUUUGGCGAAAUGCACGCAAAACAUUUCUAUUUUGGCUACAUUUGAAGUAUAAAUGAUUACUUGAAUCUAGCUUUUUUUUUUUUUGUGUGUGUUGUGUGUGUAUGUGUGUGUUUGUCACUUUGUGGAGAUGGGAAAAUGGAUUGUUGUUCAAUUUUAAUAUCUGCACAGCUUUAUUACAUCUCAUUUAUCAUCUUUGAUGAAAAUGAAGAUAAAAAUGCAGAAAUGGAUAACUUUAUUGGAGCUCAGAGACUAAAACCCUCAACUAUUUUCCAUCAUUAAAAGCCAUUUUUCCAACAACAAAAACUCAUUCAAUGUUUGCAGCUUCUGCUGCAGUUUUGUACACUAGCAAUCGAUAGAUUUUAGGUUUUGGGUCAUUUUAUUGGAGAAAAUUACAGGUUACAGGAUACUGGUGGAUGUGUGUUUUGUCAAGGGGUAGAUAAAAAACCAAUCAUGUGUUGUACUUGCAGAGGUUGUUUGUUGCCCUCUGCUGGUAAACAGCCCUCACAACAUGUUUAUGGUCUUUUUUUUUUUUUUGGAAAGCUUGCUUGUUGUCAUUGUCAUUUUAUCCACCAGAGAGUUUCUCUCAUUUUCCACUGCCUUGGGUUUUAUUUUUUUUUUCCUCCUUUCCCAAAACUUUGUUUUCCAAGUUUACUCACUUUCUGUAUUGGAGUUGUUUGAGUUUGUCGUGUGUGUGUGAGUGAUUUUUAUUUUAAAUUUUAUUUUAUAUAUUUUUUAAUCAACAAUCAAACCUGUUUCUAACCGAAAAAAAAAGUCACAUUUUAUUGUUUUUAACAUCUUUUGCACAAAGUUACAUAGCUAAUGAUUUUAUUCCUCAAUUCAAAUAUGUAUAUAUUAGAUAUAUUGUUUAUGUGCCGAAGAGCAACGGAUAUUUUUCCUAGCUGGGUAUAUUGACUGGAAACAGGGGGAAACAACUAGUUCAGGUCUGCUUAGAGACAAAAAUAACGUCGGGUCUGUCUCGAAAUGUCAUUAAACACGUGAAAAGCUGAAACCAGCUCACUUUGGCCCAUUCAACUACAUCUCCCAUGAUGCAUCGGGGCAAGAUACGGAAGCUACAGGCUAACUCCGGCUAACUAACUCUAAGCUAACUCCAGCUAAUGCCAGGCUUUCUUCUAAAGUAAGUCAUUUCACGAUGCCGUAUUCGUAUUUUUAAUCUUCCUUAAACACUCCUCUCGCAUUUUGCUUGUAAAAAAAUUCGUUAAAACGACUUUUCAAGCAGUUUUCGACCGCUCGUUUCGAUGGCAACCAUUUCCGCCAGAAAUGAGCAAUUUGAAACGUUUUCCAGUUCGAAAAUGUUUUACCUGCAGCUUCCAGUGCUUCAAUGAAGAAUUCCGACUUGUUAUGUAUUUCUUUAUUUUAUUUUCCAACAAACGUCCCAGAGAGAAGCAGGUGGACGUGAUUUUGGCUUUCUUCAUAUUUAAAGUAAUGAAUUAGCUUUUAUCGGAUGUUUUUUGGUUAAAGGGUAAAUUUGUUAAACAAAAUUAAAAAAAUAAAGAAUUACACUACUGUUGAUAAAACAGUUCUGAAGAGAAAGCUUUGAAUCUCAGUAAACAUUAUGGCCAAUCUCUUGAAAUAACAGGAAAUCUAGAGUGGCAUAUGAAUCAAGAUCAAGCAGUUCUAAACAAAAUGAAUGUAAAUAAAAUUAAAAAAUAAAUGUGAGAAAUGAAGGGCCCCCGGCUGGUUGUUUCCCCUUUGAGUCUGGUCUUUUUUGCUGAGCUAACAGGCAUAUUGUACCACAGCAAACACUUUCCCAGAAAAUACAAGAUUUCCUGAAUGAGGUAACUUGUGCUGAAAACAGUUACUGCUGCUACGAGUUGAAGCCAUGACGAAUAUUUUGCCUGCAGUUCCUCCUCAUUCACACAGAUCUUACAUUUUUUUUGAAAGCUGUUCAAUUUUUUUUUAUUUUUUUUUUACGUUUGUAGGAUCCAAAUUUUAGAUGUUCCUUCCAGCCCUGAACUUUUAACACCUGAACGCACGAGGCCGAUUUGAGGGAAAUCCCAUCACAGCGGAAGUGCAAUAAUGAAGAUGGAAAAAGUCAUUUUUUAUGAAUUAUUACUGUAAUGAACUGUAAAUCCUAAAAAAAAAAAAAAAAAAAAAAUCUGCAUGCCUAAAUGUGUUGAAGUAUUUAUUGAAACUUCAGAUUUUAAAGAAUUUUUAAAGCGUACAAAUGUAAAUGUACUUUAUAGGGUUUUUCUUUUUUUUUGUUUCCUAUCAUGACAUUCCUCUCUGCUUUCUAUAUCCAAUUAUAUAUAUUUUCUCCUUUUAAAAUAAACUGAAACUUCAAAAUGUU